GACCAGCAGCUGACGAUGGCGAGUGGUGGUGGUAAAACGAUAAUGCUGUGAAGUUCGUGUAUCGGUGUUUAUCUUCUUGACAAAUUUUUUUACACAAUAGGCUCAUAAGAUUGCUUAAACUUUUUUUUGUUUAAUAUACGAUAAAACAUUUAGGAUCGUGGCCUUAGUGCCAUAUUUAUACUGGAUGAAUAAGCAGUCGCUAUGUGGGUAAAGCCAAAGGAGGUUCUACUGGCUAAUGCUUUGUGGGUAAAUGAACAGUCAACGGUAUAUUUUGUUUUGCAACGCCGUAAAGGCCAUGGGAAAACAAAAGGCCUUACUUCUAUAUUGGUAGGAACAUUGGACAGUGUAUUUGACACCAAACCAGCACCAUUUAGAAUAUUGCAUCAAACGCCAUCCUCAGAAGUUUAUUGGGAAAUAUCAUGUUCUUUGACUCAUGAAGAAAUUUUGCAAGAUUGGGAAUGGCUUCAUUCGAAUUUAAUGGAUACACUUCAAUCGUUUGAUACAGAAGAAGAUAUAACAGAAUUUGUUUGUUGUAAAAUUCAAUCUGUUAUUGCAAAUAAUAUUCCAGAUUGUCAAUUUGCUGAUGAAGAAGAUCCAGCAGCAUUUAAGACAGUAUCUUUCAAAUUUCAUCAGUUAUUUAAUAUACAAAAAGAAGACAAAUUGGUCAAUUAUUAUUCUUGCAGUUAUUGGAAAUCUAGAAUACCUAGGCAAGGAUGGCUAUAUCUGUCUGUAAAUCAUAUGUGUUUUUAUGCUUAUAUACUAGCAAGAGAGACAAAAUUAGUUAUAAGAUGGGCAGAUAUUAUCGAAUUGGGUAAAACAAAUUCCAUAUUAAUUCCAGAUAGUAUACGUGUCGUAACACGUGAUAAUAAAGAGCAUUACUUUUCUAUGUUUCUACACAAAUCGGAGACAUAUUCAUUAAUGGAACAACUUACAAAUAUCGCCAUGAAAAGGCUCAUUGAUGAAAAGAGUGGUUUCAAUGAGGACAGAGAUCUAUUGAAUAAAUUAAGUAAAAACGUACCUAAGAAACCAUCGUUCCUAAAAAGAGAUCUUGAUGCUCGAGCACAUUCAGAAGCGUACAGGUUACAAUUUAGACUACCAGGAAGCGAAAAAUUAGAUGGUAGUAUCGAUGCAACCUUGUGGACUCCGUAUAACAAAAGAUAUGUUUGGGGAAAAAUAUAUCUCUCACAAAACUAUCUCUGCUUUGACAGUAGGGUAAGAAAAUUAGUAAGUUUAGUCAUACCUUUGAGAGAAGUACGACUUGUUGAAUCAGCAGAAAAUCAAUCUUCCUCUGUAGAUAAAUCAAUAUUGGUAACUACAGCACGUGCAUCAUUUUUAUUUGCACAGAUUCAAGACAGAGAUUUUGUAGUUCAAAAAAUAUCUGAACUUUUGGCUAAAUCAAAAUUAAUGCAUUUAGGUGGUAGCAGCCUGAGUUUGCAAAACACUUCAACAAAUAGUUUGAAUAACUCUGAGGAUAUGAAGCUUGUAGGAACAUGGAAACCUCAACCUCCAUUAAUGACACUUUUUAAAGCUCCACUCAGUAGUGAAGCAGCUUUAAAACAAGAAGCUAAGGAAAAGCAAUGGGAACUUCAUUUUGCAGAAUAUGGACGAGGUAUUACGAUGUAUCGAACUGUAGAAAUGGCAAAGCUUGUAAUUCAAGGAAUUCCACAGUCUUUAAGAGGAGAAGUUUGGCUUACUUUUUCUGGUGCAUUAAAUGAGAUGGCAAUCAAUUCAGGUCUUUAUAAAUCUUUGGUUGAUAAAUCGUUGGGUAAAUCUUGCCAAGCUAAUGAAGAAAUAGAGAGAGAUUUGCAUAGAUCUUUACCAGAACAUCCUGCAUUUCAAUCGGAUACUGGUAUCAGUGCUUUAAGGAGGGUAUUAUCUGCUUAUGCAUGGAGAAAUCCACAAAUUGGAUACUGUCAAGCUAUGAAUAUAGUAGCUUCAGUUCUUUUAAUAUACUGCUCAGAAGAAUCUGCUUUUUGGCAGUUGUGUAACGUUUGUGAAUCUUUACUACCUGAUUAUUACGAUCGACGUGUCGUUGGUGCUCUCGUCGAUCAAGGUCUCUUAGAAGAAUUAGCUGCAGAAUAUUUACCAGAUCUGCAUGCUAGACUACAAGAUCUUGGACUUAUAAAAGUCAUAUCACUCUCUUGGUUUUUAACAAUAUUUUUAAGUGUAAUGCCAACAAGCAGUGCUGUAAAUAUUAUGGAUUGUUUUUUUUAUGAUGGAGCUAAGGUCAUUUUCCAGAUAGCAUUAACAGUGCUACAAUGGAAUCAAGAUAAACUCCUUAAUUGUCGUGAUGAUGGGGAGGCUAUGCAAUUGUUAACAGAUUAUUUAGGAGGUGUUUAUAAUGACGAAGGUCCUAUUCUUCCUAGACCAGUUGAUAAUGCUACACUUAAUAGAAGUAUAUCUGUCCAGACAUUAAUACAUGAAUCAUAUGUAAGAUAUGGCUCCUUGACUAUUGGAGGAAUUGAAAGGCUUCGCUUAAAACAUAGGCUUAGAGUAGUUCAAAGUUUAGAAGAAGGAAUAGAAAAAAACGUAAUAAGAAGUGUUAUUGUAGAUAAAUAUAUGACAAUGGAGGAAUUACAGGAACUGUUAGCAUUAGUGAGGGAAGAAUUGAUGAGCCAGCGAAAGUCUGAACCUGAUAGAUAUGAUCCUACACAACCACCAUACGAAGCUUAUAAAAUUGACUUUGAGUUAUUUAGAAUAUUAUUUGGUGGUUUAUCGCCAUGGGGUAAAUGUACACAAGCUGAAUCUCUUUCUGCUCGAUUAUUUCGUUUAAUGGACCGUAAUCGUGAUGGUUUACUAAAUUUUCGAGAAUUAGUACAAGCUAUUGGGAUGACUGCAACAGCUGAUCAAACACAAAGGUUGAAACUUCUUUAUACUCUACACUUACCACCACUUCUUACACCUGCUGAUUUUGACUCGCCCACACAUUCAGAUGGAGCUGAAGUAGCAGCAGAAGCAACAGAUUUUUUUGAUAGUAUGGAACAGAGUGUGGCUUCCUUAGAAAUGCCGGUCAGUGUAGCAGAAGAACCAACAGUGGGUACAUUAUCACGAUCAACAAGCAUGAACAGUCAACAUGGUGAUCAGUCCUGGGAAAUACAGAGUAUGGAUAGUUUACGCUCUAUGAUUGCAUCAAGAGAUAGUCCCUUAGAUUUAAAAGUGGUGCCAAAAAUGUCUCAACGUCACUUCAUAGCAUUAUGGAAAACACUUUAUGAUAUGUUUCCAGCACAAUUAGAAGAACAAGAAACAUACCACAGUAUAGCAUCAAUAGGUACUCUUUUGCUACAAUUGGGUGAUGUGGGAAAAAAAUUAAAUAUUAGUCGAGAUGAAUCUGAAGAUAGUUUAUUAUUAGCUGCUUCUGCUGUACAACACAUAUCUUCGUCGCCUGAUCGUAAUGGAAAUCCACCUAGUACAUCAUCUUGUUCAGAUCCUGAUUGGUCAAUAACUAUUGAACAAUUUCUAGCAUCUGCAUUAACUGGUCCACCAAUAGUUGAUUUUUUUAGUAAAAGAGCCGAUCUUGCAGAAGCAAUGGUAAUCCUUAAAAAUCGUAGAUUUAAUCGCGUUCAUUCCUUGUCUGAUACUCCGGUAAUAAACGUAUGAUAUACAUCUCAUACAAACAUAAGUGCAAUAUAGUUUUUUAUGCAAUAGAUUGUCUUGAAUAUUUUAACAAGUAUAUUGAAGUAUUUUAAAUAAAUAUUUUAAAUCUUUGCAUAGAUAAAAAUUCAAGCACUUAUCGAAUUUCAAAUCAGGAUGGUUGUAAUCAUGAGAAAAAGAUAAAAAUGAUAUGACAUUAUAAAUGUAAUCUUAACACUGUUUAUAUAAAGCACUGUAUUCUUAUUUGAAUAUCACAGAUACUUUUCCAAAGUAUAUCCUUUUUUUUUAAUAUAAAGUAUAUAUUAAAGUAAUCUCGAUAUAUGUACAUCUCUUUUAUAAUGGACAUGUAUAUUUAAAAUGUAAGGAACUAACAUUAUGUAAAAUAAUGCAUGAUUAGACACUUUGCUUGCAAAUAAUAUAUUUACAAUAUUGUAUUAACGAUGGAUUACACCUAAACAUAUUGGCCUAUGUUUUCAAAGAUAUAUUCAGAAAAAAAAUAAAAAAAAAAAAAAAGCAGAAAAGAAAAAGAAAGAAAUAACAGAACAUUUGUACAAUAACAAUAGAAAAUAUUCAGCAUAACUAUUAGUCCUAUAAUUUUAAGAUUCGUGCUGUUUGAAUAUAAGAUGGCUCAGGUAAUAAACAGUAUGUAAUGCAGAAAUAUUUAACAAAUAUGAAUCAAAGUGAAUGUUUUGUAUCAUUUAUCAUACAUUGUCGUCUUGUUAAUACAUUAAAAAAUAAUAUUUCAAUAUAAAGAUUUACUAAAUUUCUUGACUAAUUAUAUUUGUAAUACUAAUUAUAUUUGUAAAAAAUUAUAUUUGUUUCACAUAAAUGUAAUAAAUUGUCUACUAUUCGUCAUUCUCAGAAGUACAAGAUAAAAUUGAAACAUUUAAAAAUAACAUUACAUACGAUUACUAUGCGUAAAACAUUUUAUUUGUUAUAAUCUUCUCAUUCAACAAUGAUUUAUUUUUUACUGCAAUACGCGUCAUUGAAAUUGAAAAUUCAUCGAAUGAAAUUGAUGAAAUUUAUUAUCAUUAUAUAAAUAUUAAUACUAUAUAUUAGGAAGUUAAUAGCACUAUAUGAUCAGGGAGCUAUCUGUAGGAUUCUUUUGAUAUAAUUAAAGAUACAUUCCAUUAACUAAAUAAUCAGGAUCGUGAGCAUAAGGUCCGUGUCCACGGUGUUUACGUCUUUUUAUUAGACAUAAUCGACAAGCUAUUAAUGCAACAGUAGUAAGUGAAGUCAUUACUCCUAGUACCAAGGAAAUUACUGCACUUUUUGGUUUUAGAAGUUUUGUCGAAUUUGCUUGUCGAAGUGGUUCUGCAACUACAGAACUUUUUUCAUGUUCUUUUGUCUCCAAAAUUAUAAUAUUUUUAUAAUCUACAAAAUGUAUAUACAGUUGCAGUUAAAAUCAAACAUAUUUUUUAUGCAAUUUACUUCUUACACUUAUAUACAACUUUUUUCAUACCUGUUAACUCACUUUUACGUUCACGAUUUUGCUUGGAAACGUUAAUUUUUAUAGUAUGGGAUUUUUCUGUACUAUGUUCAUCUAUUUUAAUAUUUGAUGUUUCUUCUUGUUUCUUUUUAUCUACUUUACCUUUAAUCUCUUUAUCUUUAAUUAAUGUAUCUGUAUGCUGUACCGCUGUCUAAAAUAAUUAGUACGUUACAUUACAUAAAUGUUAUAAAUAUAUUGUAUAUGAAAAAUAUUAGCUGACCUCACAAGGUGGUGAUACUGUAUUCUUUGUAUCUUUACUUAAGUAGUUGUCCAAUUUUUGUGGAAGAUUUGGUGUUAUUGACGGUGCUAGCUGAACUUGAGCCUCUUGCAACAUUCCUUUGUUGGGUGUUAAUAAAAAGUGUGAUGGAUAAGGAUUCUUUGAAUCUGUGUAAACAUUACUAAAACACAAACUAUUGAGUCUACAAAUCAUUAAAAAAAUUUAUUAAAUUAA